AUGAGGACGUUCGCCAUAGUUUUUGUGGUGGCGCUAACUGCUGGCGCUGCAACGGCGGGUACCGCGCAACUGACGCCUACACGCUCCGCCACGGACCUGGCAUUCGACAUGUACAACAGCUGCUUGAAGGAUUUCAGCACUAGUUGCGUGCAACCUAAGGCAAUGCAAUGGUUCAAUCAGGCACUUCAGCAGGAUGAAAUCCAAAUCACCGAUAAACUUUCGAUUGUGCGCACAAGCCGUGUAGAACCCAUACAACAGCGCUCUUACGACCCACAAGAACAGAUGUUCAAUGACAUCGACAAUUUCUUAGCCACGCACGCGUUGCGUGUCAGAGCACCAGAAUUCUUCAGCACCGAGGAGGCGCGCUCUUAUGUGCCAGACUUUUUGUUCAGUAACGCCUUGACCAAGGAUUCCGUGGUGCCCUUGGCGGAGCGUGACCCCAAUCAAGGACGCGGCAUGGUGCGCAAAGUGCUUCUACCCUUCCUCAUUGGCUUGAAAUUGAAGACUACCGUCUUAGUGCCACUUGCAUUGGCUUUGAUUGCGCUCAAGACCUGGAAGGCAAUGACACUGGGUCUGCUCUCAUUGGUGCUAUCCGGCGCUUUGGUUGUCUUCAAAAUUGCCAAGCCUAAGAUCAUCAAUUACGAAGUGGUCCACUAUCCACACCAUGUGGAGCAUGUGGAGCACAUUGAACACAUUCCACACCACGUCGAUCACUUCCCCCACCAUGUCGACCACAUUGUGCCGCAUCACAUUGACAUCGUGCCACACCAUGUGGAUCACCAUGUCGAUCACCACAUAGAUUUGCCUCCACAUGUGGAACAUGUAGAGCAUUUCGAGCAUCCAUCACCUGCUUGGGACCCACACGCUUGGGCGCGUUCAUCUCAGGAGCCACAAGACGCGCAGGAUAUGGCUUUCUCUGGGCAAAGACAAUCCUAA